GCGGACGCUUUUUUCCUUCCUAGGAGAAAUCGAGGAGCUGCGGCUCUACCCCCCGGACAACGCACCUCUUGCUUUUUCUUCCAAAAGCUCUGAUAGUUGUUCCUUGUGCAGAAGAUGACUAGACUGGCCAAGGCAGACCUGUUACACUUGCCUGAGUUAGGCAUUGUUUGCCAUGCCACUAAACCUGCCGUCAAGUGAAACCUUCAUUGGGGAAAUGAGAUCGGAGUCUGAACCGCAGAAGAUGGACGCCCUGUCUCUGUUUUUUAUUGUUUUACUUUAAUUUCAUUUCUUUUUCUUUAUUUUGUCCCUUUUUUUUGUUUUUGUUUUUGUUUUUGUUUUGUUAAAUCUCUUUCACUUUAACUUGUGAGCUGGUUUUCCAGUUCUUUGUAAAUGGUAUUCCAUUAAGGGUUCAUAACAUUGCAUUGCAAAUUAUAUUGGGAGAUGAUUAGUAGAGCUCAUCCUUAACAUAAAAUAAAUUUUCACAAUAAAUUAGGAUAUGGUUUUGUGGAGCUCAAUGCUAGUCUUAAUUGGUGUUUAUAAACUGAUCAGGUACAUUUUGUUCCCAAAACACUAAAACACUGAUGAGAUUCUUAGGAGCACGUUUUGAUCUCAGUGUAACAUUUUUGCAGUUUUCUCCCAAGUCUGCAUCUCUCAUGAAGACCAACUGAUAGCUUCUAAUUUUCGUCCUCCUCCCUUAGAAUUUUAGGCAUACAAAAUCAUCAAGGAAAAUAAGUAAAUUUCUUAUAACAUUCUGGGGGUAGAGGACAAGAGGAGAUUUUUCACUUUUAUGAUAUUUAUUAUAGAAAAUAGCAUUUCUUUGAUUUGGAAACACUUUUAAUUGCCUACGUGGGGAAUGGAUAUUUGAGAAACUGUUGAAUACUUAACACUUGUGUGUGUAUUUUUUUGCUUGCAUUUUUUUGUUGGAAAAUGUUCAGAGAUUACUAGUUUCUAAAUGGAUUCUGAGAUUAGGAUGAGUGAGAGACAUUGUUUUUUCUCUCAGUUGUCUUUGAUGAGUACAGUUUGGGAAAAAUGCUAAAUGCUUAUUUGUUUUAUACUUUUAUAUACUCUGAUAGUAUUUGGAGGGUAUAUUUGGUAGAAUUCUAUCUUGGAAAUUAAGCAAUGGAACUUUUUUCUUAAAGUAUCUUUAAUGGUAAUUAGAAUAAGUAAAAAAUAUUGUGCUUUUAGUUAGACUUAAUACUUAUAAUAUUUUAUUAUACUGUGAGAGACAGUGAGAGGCAGACAACCUCCUGAUACUAUUUUUAAGCCAACAUUGAAUGACUUUAUUAUGUUAAGUAAUCAACUUUUGGCCUGUAUUGAAUACCCAUUUUGUUUGUGUGGUCUUUCAUGUGGAUAGUUUUGCUUAUUUAAUGGACAGGUAAUAUUAAAUUGGGGACAUUACUAGAUUGGAACUCUUUAUUUGUUUUUUAGGUGCAUAAAUUAGGGUAGUGAAGCAUAGGGUUUGUACCUUAGGACCUCAGUUGACUUAUCAAGAUGUGUACAGGUUUUACAAAUACUAAAAAAAAAUACUUAUUUUUAACAGAUAAAGCAGGUCUGAUAGUGAUGUAAAUAGUAUAUGUGAGUAUACAGAUAAAUGUCUUAAUGCUAAUAACUAAUAAAUACAAAAUAAAUUAUUGUUAUUUGAUGUCUUCAGUAAGGCCUUCCCGCCUUUUAAUCUUUAUGCAUGUUAAAAUCUGUACUUAUGCAGAAUUUACUGAAAUAAUAAAAUGACUUUGUUUUUGAAAUUAGUAAAUUAAGGUAAUAUAGACUUAGAUGUUGCAAGCUUAGAAAUAAGUAGGCAUUUGCUAAAGCUAAUAAAAUGUAAUUUUUGUAUUUCUAUAAAUAAGGUGUAACCACUGCUUAAAGCAAGCUUUAAAAUUCGUCUUGAAUUCCAUCCAUGUUUAGAAAUAUAUUCAGAUAAUUUUUUUAGAGAUUUAUCCCUACACAUGUGGUUGUGUUAAGUAGAAUUUUUACCACUGAAACCCCGCAUGGUGCCUUUUUGAAAAUUUACUCCAUAUGCUAUUUUCAAUUUGGCGUGACUUUGUACUUUAAAUUACUUUUGAAGAAUUCAUAAUGGAAACGUGUAGCCAGAUACCACAUAAUUAUGAGUAGUUCUGAAAUUGCUAUACAUAGUCAACUUUUUAGAAAUUUUCUUUUUGGGAAGGUUGAGAGAAAGGACCAGAAAAAAUGUGUGAAAGUCGCAGUCCUUAUCAAACUUAAUUGAUUAGAACUCAGUAAUUAAAUGUGGCAAAUUGAUAGACUUAAUUCAGAGUAAAUUUUCAGUUUUUUAGUCGUAGGGAUUUCUUUUUCUUAGUGUCUAGGAUUAUUUUAAUGUUAUUGUUGUUGUUAUUAUUAGGCACUUAAGACGCGUAUAAGCAAGACAUUUAGGCAUUAACCACCCCUCUUCAGAUAAGUAUACAUAAAUUGGUUCUAAAAGUCAGUAAUUUAAGAAGUUUCCUGAGACUAGGGAACUUUUUUUUGUUAGUCAUUUUUUAAAAUGUUAGCAGUUUCCCAAGGCAUAUUCUUUGGAACUGGAUUCUUUUAGUCAUCUCUGACAUUGUUGGUGAGAUGCCUUAUUAACUGAAUGGGUGUAGGCUUCCUUUCCAAUUGAAGCUGAUUACAUGUGGUAGGCUUUUGUUUUUUUCUGUCUGCUUGAAAUUAAAUGGGAUCUUUUGGAAGGUUAUCAAAAUUGUUUGCAUCACAAGUAGGUAGUUUCAAUUAACAGGAUAGGGACACUCAGGAACAGAUUUCAAUUCGCACAUAUUUGUUUUUUUCUUUUUCUUUUUUUUGACUAAUUUGGUUAUUUGCCAUUUCUGGGGAUUAAACUUUAAAAAAUGUUCUUCUUUUCUGUAUCUGAUGUUCUGUGUGCUAUUAGUGAUGCAGCCAACACGAACGGUUGUCAUGUGUAACACAACUUUCGAUCACCGCGAAAACACCGUCCUGGGAAAGCGUCCAUGCUUGAUAUCGUUUGGUUCAUGAACAUUAAGUUUCCAGUACAGGUAAAAUCCCAGAGGAAGCCAAAGCUCUCUCUCUGUUGGCUCCUGCUCCAACCAUGACAAGUCUGAUGCCUGGUGCAGGCUUGCUUCCCAUACCGACUCCAAAUCCCUUAACUACACUGGGUGUUUCCCUUAGCAGUUUGGGAGCUAUACCAGCAGCAGCACUAGACCCCAAUAUUGCAGCACUUGGAGAGAUACCACAGCCACCACUUAUGGGAAAUGUGGAUCCUUCCAAAAUUGAUGAAAUUAGGAGAACAGUCUAUGUUGGCAAUUUGAAUUCCCAGACAACAACAGCUGAUCAGCUACUUGAAUUUUUUAAACAAGUUGGAGAAGUGAAGUUUGUGCGGAUGGCAGGUGAUGAGACUCAGCCAACUCGGUUUGCUUUUGUGGAAUUUGCAGACCAAAAUUCUGUACCAAGGGCCCUUGCUUUUAAUGGAGUUAUGUUUGGAGACAGGCCACUGAAAAUAAAUCACUCCAACAAUGCAAUAGUAAAACCCCCUGAGAUGACACCUCAGGCUGCAGCUAAGGAGUUAGAAGAAGUAAUGAAGCGAGUGCGAGAGGCUCAGUCCUUUAUCUCAGCAGCUAUCGAACCAGAGUCUGGAAAGAACAAUGAAAGAAAAGGCGGUCGAUCUCGUUCCCACACUCGUUCAAAAUCCAGGUCUAGCUCAAAAUCCCGUUCUAGAAGGAAAAGAUCACAGUCAAAACACAGGAGUAGAUCCCAUAAUAGAUCACGUUCAAGACAAAAAGAUAGACGUAGAUCUAAGAGCCCUCAUAAAAAACGCUCUAAAUCAAGGGAGAGGCGGAAGUCAAGGAGUCGUUCGCGUUCACGGGACAAAAGAAAAGACAACCGAGAAAAAAUCAAGGAAAAGGAAAGAGUGAAAGAAAAAGAUAGAGAAAAGGAAAGGGAAAAAGAGAGAGACAGGGAAAAGGAACGUGAAAAAGAAAAGGAACGGGGUAAAAACAAAGAUAAAGACCGGGAUAAAGAACGGGAAAAGGACCGAGAUAAAGACAAGGAGAAGGACAGAGAGAGAGAGCGGGAAAAAGAGCAUGAAAAGGAACGAGACAAAGAGAAGGAGAAGGAACAGGACAAAGAAAAGGAACGAGAAAAGGACAGAUCCAAAGAGAUAGAUGAGAAAAGGAAGAAGGAUAAAAAGUCCAGAACACCACCCAGAAGUUACAAUGCAUCAAGAAGAUCUCGUAGUUCCAGCAGGGAAAGGCGUAGGAGGAGAAGCAGGAGUUCUUCCAGAUCGCCAAGAACAUCAAAAACCAUAAAAAGGAAAUCUUCUAGGUCUCCAUCCCCUAGGAGCAGAAAUAAGAAGGAUAAAAAGAGAGAAAAAGAAAGGGACCACAUCAGUGAAAGAAGAGAGAGAGAACGUUCAGCCUCUACAAGAAAGAGUUGUAAUGACAGAGAUGGGAAGGAAAAGGUGGAGAAGAACAAUACUUCACUUAAAGAGAAGGAGCACAAUAAAGAGCCAGAUUCAAGUGUGGGAAAAGAAGUAGAUGACAAGGACGCACCAAGGACUGAGGAAAACAAAGUACAGCAAAAUGGGAAUUGUCAACCAAAUGAAGAAAACCUCUCUACCAAAACAGAAGCAGUAUAGGACCUACAGAUGCACCUCUAAACACACGCUGGAGUAGAAUCCAAAGCUUUUAAUUCUCUCAACAAGAUGUUAAACAGUGAUGAAUUCCAGUAGAGCAUAAAGAUAUGAGCUAACAGCUUUUUUAGUUGUUAGGUGACUUUGUGGCCAUCUUGUUACUGAGUAAGAAAAUAAAGCAUGGACGUCGUGAAAAUAGCAGGUGUUACCCAAACUCCUCAUCUUCUAAAAGCUGUGCAUUUCCAUGGUGGCUGACACACUUGUCAUGUGGUUUGUUAAGUGUUUGCCAAGAACCAUUAAAAUAAAUGGGACAUUAAAGAUCUAAAUUUGUACUAUCCAUUAAAGACUGGAGAUAAGCAUUGGAGGCUCUUUUAAAAAAUGCUAGUAACUGAUUUUGUAUUGUUUUACUUUUUUUUUAAAAUUUCAAUAUAUUACAGAUUGAUGAUGUGCUUGAAAUUGGUGCAAAUAUAUACACACCCUUGUAAGUGCGGAGUAUGUAAGAAGUUUUAACGUUGACUUCACAGGAUUUACAGUGAUUGUGUUAAAUUCUCACUAUUGUGUUUUCUUUUGCUCACUGUUUAGGACAGCAGUUUUUCUUUAAAAUAGUUUUACAGAUUAAAGUUGCUUAAAUAAGUGGAUUAAAAACCAACUGACAAUGCAUGCUACUGUUCUUUUUCAAAAGGAAGAACAUCUGUGUUAAAUACUAAUAAUAUAUUAGUAUUCAGUGUUCAGAAUCAUUGGGUCUCCCCACAAAGUAAGCAUUUCUUUUUGAACUCUCUUGACAUUUCCAAGCUUAUUAUGAACAGUAUCGCAGUGUGUGUUGUCAGUUGUAGGUGGCAAAGGUGCCAUUUAUAAAAAGAAAACUGGGUUUUCAAAAUGGGCUAUGGGAGCACAAGCUGAAGCUUUAGUGCCUUCUACAAUGUGGUAUACUGUUUUCUAGAAUUUUAUAUGGACUAGUCAUUCUCAAUUCAUAUGGAAUUUAGAUGGAUAUUCCAUUCCCUCCCAUAGAAAAGUGUGAAAGCGGUAUGUCAGAAGAGCUUCUUACUUGGUUCACCUAAUAUGAGAGGGAAGUCUGUUUUCAAGAAUGACUUUAGAGCUUAAAACAGCAAUGCAGUUUUGGGACCAUCAGUUUCAUACUGUGAUAAGUGAAAAUGAAGCAGCAUGUUCUUAUUUUACUUAAAGCAAAACCCUUUAGUUGUCUACAUUGGAUGGCCUUAAUUAUUACCUCUCAGUCAUCUUCUCAUAAAUGAUGUGCAGAAAUUGUACUUAACAUAUGAGUUAAGUACAGUUCUCAUAUGAGAACAUAUGAGUUUGUCUUAUGUGUAAGGAUAUGUUUACUUAAGCUUAAAAUAUAGGUCAUCCGACAUUGUUAGGCACACUUUUUGCAGAAAGUAUGCAAGUAGUAAAAUGACAACAUUGCUAAUAUUUUCCCCCAGACCACAACUCAUAGUUUCAGAACUCUUUUCAUUGUUGUAUUUCCAAAAGUUAUACCUUUUAAUUAGCAUGUUAUUAAAAAAAAUCAAGUAUAAUUAGUUUAAUGCAGUCUGAUACAAUCAAAUUACUCAGUUGCCUUACCUCAUGGGAAGAGUUACUUAUAGAUUUAAAAAGCUGAGUAGCACAUCAGUUACUUGGUUUCAACUUGAGUUUUCUUUUAAUGUUAAUACUAUUGAAAUUUAAGUAUUUGGUGGAGAAUGGAAAGAAUUGCCCUUAUUGCAAGUAAUGAAGCCUGGUUUGAUUAUGAAGCUGCUUAAUUACUCCUCAUGUGUUCCGAAUUACUGUGUUUUUUUGUUUUUUUUUCCUUUUUUUCACUGUGUACAUUAAAAUUUUUGAAAAUGCUUUA